UUGGAAUAGGAUAUACUCUUCAUUAUUUAAAACCUAUGAUUACUGGAUAGUCAUUAUGAAUAAAGUGAAUGAAGACAGUAACUCACUUAGGGCUGAGAGCAUACAAGACACAAACAGGUCUUCUACAAUACCAGUGAGAGUACGAAGCUCCCAGUCAGCUGGUCUCACAAUUGAGCAUGCUGGUUCACAUACGGAUACAAUGGUAGGGCCAAGAGCACAGAUGAAGGUACCAACAGCGCAGCUACCAAAAAGUGGCGACAUCAAAUUAACAUCUGUCAACAUGGAUGCAGGAAGUCUAUUCCUUGGCUCUCCAGAUAAAGCCAAAAGAAAGUUCAAACCAGCUCCAUUGAGCCACAAAAAGCUACAGCAGAGACAGAAAAUGCUAUUGGAGAAGUCAGAGUUGACUGGCAGACCCUCAGUGAACCCUCCUAAAGCCCAAACAGGGACAACACAACCCAAAAUUAAACCCCAAACAGGGACAACACAAAGCCGCACUUAUGACAUUGAUGACCCUGAACAAGUUCAUUGGUCAGAUCUACCAGAAGAAUAUUUCCAAAAGUUUAAGUUUGGUGAAUGGCAGAAAACAAUAUUUGAUAUAUCUGAUGACAUGGCUUCCCACAAGACCUAUGGUGACCUAGUUGAGAGACAAAUCUCCAACACAGCACUCCAUUCUCCUCCCAGUGAACUAGCAGAACCACGCAACCUACCACCUAUAGAUGGCGCACAAAGUACAACCAAAGCUCUUCGAUCAUAGAGUUAAAAACUUGAUCAAAACAGUCUUAAUUUAUUAUCUUAAAACAGAUUCUACAAUACUAUCUCAAAGUCAAGCAAAGUGUUAACUCUGCGAUCUUAAAAGUUGACCAAAACAGUUCUCAACAAUAUUAUUUGAUAUCUUUAUACAGCCUAACAUUCUGUAAUCUAAAUUAAAAAAUAGCUGAAUCUAAAAUAUCUCAGAUCAGAAUUGAUAAGAACAUUCAACAAUAAACGCUCUACCAUAUCCAUUUUAUAUAUGAAAAAUACACCAUGUCAACUCUACACCAUGUCAAUUAACACUAAUUUAUAUCAAGUAUCGGCAAGCCUUAUUAUACUGCCAUAUUUCCAACACAAUUCAUCAUAUGUAUUGUAUGAUUUCAUUUAAUUUCAAAAAUCAAGGAAUGGUAAGAAAGUAUAGAGAUGUUUUAUAUAUGUAUACGAUAAGUGGUAUUUAAUCAGAGUGG